CAUUAAUGUUAGUUGAACUUUGUUGUUUCAUGCUCAUAGCUUCAAUUAAAAAACAAUGGAUAAAAGGAAAUAUCCAAGAUUAGAUAAUUUCCUUGUUACUUGGUCUUUACUGUUCUUACAGACAGCUUUUGGAUUAACUUCAAGAGAAGUUAACAAAAUCAUGUGUAUAGAAAAGGAGAGAGAUGCUCUUCUUGAGUUCAAAAGAGGCCUUAUUGAUGAUUUUGAUCGAUUAUCAACAUGGGGUGAUGAAGAAGAUAAAAAAGAUUGCUGUAAAUGGAAGGGUAUUGAAUGUGACAAAAGAAGUGGUCAUGUAACUGUUCUUGAUCUUCACAGUGAGGUUUCAUGUCCAGGCCAUGCUUGUUUUGCUCCAAUAUUGACAGGUAAACUCGGUCCUUCUCUACUUGAGUUGCAGCAUCUGAAUUACUUGGACCUCAGUCUAAAUGGAUUUGACAGAAGUGAAAUACCAAGAUUCAUAUCCUCUCUUAAGAGACUAGAGUAUCUGAACCUCUCAUCAUCAGAUUUUUCUGGUGUAAUUCCUACACAGUUAAUGAAUUUAACUUCUUUGAGGAUUCUUGAUCUUGGGAACAAUAAUCAACUAAUAGUAAAGGACCUUGGGUGGCUUUCUCAUCUGUCCUCCCUAGAGUUCUUGCGUCUAGGUGGUAACGACUUCCAAGCAAGCAAUUGGUUUCAAGAGAUAACUAAGGUACCUUCACUGAAAGAACUCGACUUGAAUGUUUGUGGUCUCUCUAAAUUCGUUCCAUCUCGAGCUGAUUUAGCCAAUUCUUCUUUGAUCUCUCUUUCUGUUCUUCAUUUAUGUUGUAAUGAGUUUUCUUCUUCAGCUGAAUAUAGCUGGUUAUUCAAUUUUAGCACAAGCUUAACUAGCAUAGACCUCUCCAAUAAUCAGCUGGACGGUCCAAUUGAUGAUCGCUUUGGGAGUUUGAUGUAUCUAGAGCAUCUUAAUCUUGCUGAUCAAUUUAAUCAUAAAGGUGGGGUUCCCAGUUCUUUUGGGAAUUUGACACGUUUACGUUAUCUGGACAUAUCUAACACUCGGACAUACCAAUGGCUUCCUGAGUUGUUCCACAGGUUAUCAGGCAGUAGGAAAACACUUGAGGUUUUGGGGUUGAACGACAACUCAAUGUUUGGUUCAUUGGUUAAUGUCACAAGAUUUUCAGCCUUAAAGAGAUUAUACCUGCAGCACAAUGUGCUGAAUGGUUUUUUCACGGAAAGAUUUGGACAAGUUUCGAGUCUCGAGUAUCUAGACUUGUCUGAUAACCAAAUGAGAGGGCCGUUACCAGAUUUAGCAUUGUUUCCAUCAUUGAGAGAGUUGCAUCUUGGAUCUAAUCAAUUUCAAGGGAGGAUACCACAAGGUAUUGGAAAACUUUCACAGCUUAGAAUUUUGGACGUCUCGUCCAAUAGACUGGAAGGAUUACCAGAAAGUAUGGGACAACUAUCAAACUUGGAAAGUCUUGAUGCCUCUUACAAUGUCCUGAAGGGUACAAUCACUGAGUCCCACCUUUCAAACCUCUCCAGUUUAGUGGAUUUGGACUUAUCGUUCAACUCGUUGGCUUUGAAGACGAGCUUUGAUUGGCUUCCUCCUUUUCAGCUUCAAUUUAUAAACCUUCCAUCUUGCAAUUUGGGACCUUCUUUCCCCAAGUGGCUCCAAAGUCAAAACAACUAUACUGUUCUUGAUAUCUCUCUUGCAAAUCUAUCAGAUGCGCUACCAAGUUGGUUCUCUGAUCUUCCUCUCAAUUUAAAGAUUCUGAAUCUCUCUAACAACCAUAUCAGUGGAAGAGUUUCUGAGUUGAUAGUGAAUAAACAAGACUACAUGGUUAUAGAUUUAAGUUCCAACAACUUUUCAGGACCUUUGCCACAAGUUCCUACCAAUGUGCGAAUAUUUUACCUACAUAAAAAUAAGUUUUCCGGAUCCACUUCUUCCAUUUGUAAAAGUACAACAGGAGCUGCCACUUCCCUUGACUUGUCACACAACCAAUUUUCAGGAGAACUUCCUGAUUGUUGGAUGAAUAUGAGUAAUCUGGUUGUUCUUAAUCUAGCCUAUAAUAAUUUCUCUGGAAAACUUCCACAGUCAUUAGGUUCCUUGGAAAGUUUGAAGGCAUUAUACAUACGCCAGAACAGUUUUAGCGGGAUGUUGCCUUCUUUCUCACAAUGUCAAUUAUUGCAAAUCUUGGAUUUUGGAGGGAAUAAGUUGACAGGAAGAAUCCCAGCAUGGAUAGGUACUGAUCUACUCAACUUGCGUAUUCUAAGCCUACGGUUCAACAAAUUCUAUGGCAGCAUACCAUCAAUUAUCUGUCAGCUUCAAUUUCUUCAGAUACUUGACCUUUCAGCAAAUGGAUUAACUGGGAAAAUUCCACAGUGCUUCAAUAAUUUUACCUUACUGCAUCAAGAAAAUGGUUCUGGUGAGUCGAUGAAUUUUUCAGUCCAAUAUGACUAUAUUCCUCGUUCAUACUUGUACAUAGGCAAUUUAUUGGUUCAAUGGAAAAACCAGGAGGCCGAGUACAAGAAUCCUUUAUUAUAUCUGAAGACUAUUGAUCUUUCAAGUAAUAAAUUGGUCGGAGGUAUUCCUAAAGAGAUAGCUGAAAUGAGAGGAUUGAAAUCUUUGAACCUUUCAAGAAAUGAUCUGAAUGGAAGUAUCAGUGAAGGAAUAGGUCAAAUGAAGAUGUUGGAGUCACUUGACUUGUCAAGAAACCAGCUUUCUGGUAUGAUUCCUAAAGGCCUUGCUAAUUUGACUUUUCUUAGUGUGUUGGACUUGUCAAAAAACCGCUUAUCAGGAAGAAUUCCAUCAAGCACUCAACUCCAAAGUUUUGAGAGAUCAUCCUAUAGUGGUAACGCCCAACUCUGCGGUCCUCCUCUUCAAGAAUGUCUCGGAUAUGCUCCCCCUAGCCCACGUAUCGAUCAUAGCAGUAACAUGAAUCCCCAAGAACCUGAUGAUGAUGGUGAGGAUUUUCCAUCUCUAGAGUUUUAUAUAUCCAUGGUGUUGGGUUUCUUUGUUGCAUUUUGGGGAUUCUUGGGCUGUUUAAUUGUCAACCAUUCUUGGAGGAAUGCCUACUUCACAUUCUUAAUGGACACGAAGAAUUGGCUCGCUAUGAUCUCAUAAUCGUAAUGUUCCAAUGUACCUGUUUACUUUCAAGAGGUAACUUGAUUUUCUAUUCUCUUGUUGUGGUGUCUAUGAGUAAAUCUCUUGUUGUUGGAUUUCUAAUGUUUCAUUUCUGAAUAGAGAAUGCUGAAGUACUAGAAAUUGAGUAGUGCUGAACUGUAGAAGUGGUAGACAGCAUUUUCGAUUUCACUCUAAUCAUAGGCAUUUUGGCAAAAUUGUGACCAGCGUCCAGCUAUAAUACCAUAUUCCACCAAUCAUAUUGGUUUGA